AUGACAGCCACAAAACACAAUGUCGCAACGACGCUAAACUACUGGGACGACCCUGGUGAUGGCUCCAAGCCCACGCCCAUCAUCAUUGGCAACGGAAGAAUCACCAACAAGCGGCCUCACAAACCAUGGGAUUUCGUGGUAACCGACGUCAGCGGCGACGAAGAGAAAUACUCACUCGAUGGCCAGGGCUUCCAAUAUUGCCAACAUGAAAGCAAGGAGCAAGCAUUUACAGACGAUAAACACAUUGAGGAACUCUACUACAAAGAGUGUGAGGACCUGAUCAAGUCUGUUACUGGCGCGCGCGACGUGCACAUCUUCAACCACAAAGUCCGUCGGGGCCCAACCCAAUGGCACCAUCUCGGAUUUAACAACUUGGCCAACCGUGGGCCCGUCACUCGCACGCACGUGGAUCAGUCCUACGACGGUGCAGAGCGUCGUCUACGCUUCGAGAAGCCCAACGAUGCCGAUGAGCUUGUCAAGCGCCGGUAUCAAAUCAUCAAUGUCUGGCGGCCGAUUGAACCCAUCCUCAAAGACCCCAUUGCAGUGGCAGACUCAACAACUGUUGCCGAUGCAGAUCUCGUCGGCGCUGAGAUGACGGAGGACGGCUUCCUAGGCGAGUCGUGGGUCGUCCGGCAUAACCCACGUCAUUGCUGGUAUUACAAACACGGAAUGACACCGAAGGACGUGUUGCUCAUCAAGUGUUUUGACAGCAACGACCAGGUUGCCCGUCGAGCGUUGCAUUCGGCUUUUGAGGACCCCGCGUAUCGCGCUUGCGAGUCCAGACAGAGCAUCGAGGUCCGCUGUCUCGUCUUCUACUAA